CCACAUAUCUCUCUCCUUCUCAUUCUCCCUCUCUCUCGUUUUCUUAAGCUUGAUUCCAAUUGAUCCUCAAAAACCCACAAACACUUAUAAUAAUCAUAAUGUGCAGGAUGACAUCUCCUCCUCUCUGCUGCUCAUGCAAUGGCAAUUCAGACUAUGUGUCAAACUCAGAAGACCCUAAACCCCUUCUCACCACCCCAUUGAUCUCCAAAACCACAGCUCAUCCCAGAAAGGAACAAAAACCCCAGAAAUCCCAUCUCUCCUUGGCUCUGAAAGAAGCAAAAUCCAUAGCUAGUAUUGCUUUCCCUAUGAUUCUUACCGGCCUUUUACUCUAUUCCCGGUCCAUGAUCUCCAUGCUCUUCCUCGGCCGCCUCGGUGACCUGGCCUUAGCCGGCGGCUCCUUGGCCGUUGGCUUUGCCAACAUCACCGGAUACUCCAUCUUAUCCGGUCUCGCCAUGGGAAUGGAACCCAUUUGCGGCCAAGCUUUUGGUGCCAAAAAACAUACUCUGCUCGGCCUCUGUUUGCAAAGAACAGUUCUUCUCCUUGUACUUACCUCCAUACCCAUUUCAAUUCUCUGGCUCAACAUGAAGAAACUCCUAAUCCUUUGCGGCCAAGACGAGGCUAUUUCCAUUGAAGCCCAAUCAUACCUCCUCUGUUCACUUCCCGAUCUUCUUGCUCAGUCUCUGUUACACCCUUUGAGAAUUUACUUAAGAUCUCAAUCCAUCACUCUGCCUCUGACAUUCUGCGCAACUCUGGCAAUCAUCCUUCACAUUCCCAUCAACUGCUUUCUGGUUUCGCACCUAAAUUUGGGAAUCCAAGGUGUUGCCUUAAGCGGCGUUUGGUCGAAUUUCAAUCUCGUAAUUUCUUUGAUACUCUACAUCAUUAUCUCCGGCGUGUACAAGAAAACUUGGGGAGGUAUUUCCAUGGAGUGUUUCCGAGAAUGGAAGACUCUUCUCAAUUUGGCCAUACCAAGCUGCAUUUCUGUUUGCCUUGAAUGGUGGUGGUACGAGAUCAUGAUCUUGCUCUGCGGUUUGUUACUGAACCCAAGAGCAACAGUUGCAUCAAUGGGGGUUUUAAUCCAGACCACUUCUUUAAUCUACAUCUUCCCUUCCUCUCUGAGCUUCAGUGUGUCCACACGUGUUGGGAACGAAACCGGAGCAAACAACCCGAAAAAGGCAAAGCUCGCGGCCAUUGUGGGGCUUUGUUGCAGCUUCAUUCUAGGCCUAACAGCUCUCAUCUUUGCAGUGAUGGUAAGGAACAUAUGGGCCAGCAUGUUCACUCAAGACAAGGAAAUCAUAGCCCUCACAUCGUUGGUCCUGCCCAUAAUUGGGCUCUGCGAGCUGGGAAACUGCCCUCAGACAACAGGCUGCGGCGUGCUGAGAGGCACGGCGCGGCCGAAAGUUGGGGCCAACAUAAACCUGGGGUGCUUUUAUAUUGUGGGAAUGCCGGUGGCGGUGGGGUUGGGGUUCUUUGCCGGAUUAGACUUCAUGGGACUAUGGCUCGGACUUUUGGCGGCGCAGGGUUCCUGUGCUGUGACCAUGUUGGUGGUUUUGGGUGUUACAGAUUGGAAGUUUGAAGCCCAGAAAGCCAAACAGUUGACAGGAGCUGCUGGAGUUGUGGAUGACAGCGCAGAGGUUAAGGCAGACAAGACAGACAAAGCUGAAAUCAAGGGAGAAGAAGAUUGUUUAUUUUUAUUAGGUGAUGAAUUAGAUUUCGCUAAUGAUAAUGACAAUAAUAAGAGUAGUAAUAAUAGUGAUUCAAAUGUUUAGUUUAUGAUUUUUUUUUUCGGAAGUCUUCUUUUUUUGUCCUAAGGUGUAUAUAUACUUAUAUAGUAGUCUCUAGGUGCAUGUAGAUCAAGAGCAGGGGGGUCUGUCUUGGUUUUGGGGGAAGGAGGUUAUUUGUGUCUGUCUCCAUGAGUUUCAUACUUGCAGUGAAAUUCAACUCUAAGCUGUAAAAUGUUGAAUUUCAUAGGAAGUAUAGCUAGAGACUGUACGUGGUCAUCUCCACCCUUUUUCUGUAUCUUGUACUCGGAGACAGUCAUUGAAGAAGAAUUACUUUGCAAACCACAA